AUGGGUGGUAUUUUUGAAUAUGUGGAAUCUGGCCCAAUGGGAGCUGAGGAAUUAGCCUUCAGAUUUGCUGUGAACACAAUCAACAGAAAUAGAACUUUACUGCCCAAUACCACCCUUACCUACGACACUCAAAAGAUAAAUCUCUAUGAUAGUUUUGAAGCAUCCAAGAAAGCCUGUGAUCAGCUGUCUCUCGGGGUAGCAGCCAUCUUUGGGCCUUCGCACAGUUCAUCAGCCAAUGCAGUGCAAUCCAUCUGCAAUGCCCUGGGGGUUCCCCACAUACAGACUCGCUGGAAGCACCAAGUGUCAGACAACAAGGAUUCCUUCUAUGUCAGUCUAUACCCUGACUUCUCCUCACUCAGCCGUGCCAUUUUGGACCUGGUGCAAUUUUUCAAGUGGAAAACAGUCACAGUUGUAUAUGAUGAUAGCACUGGCCUCAUUCGUUUGCAAGAACUCAUCAAAGCUCCAUCAAGGUACAAUUUGCGGUUGAAAAUACGUCAGUUGCCUGCUGACACAAAGGAUGCAAAACCUUUACUAAAGGAGAUGAAAAGAGGCAAGGAGUUUCAUGUAAUCUUUGACUGCAGUCAUGAAAUGGCAGCAGGCAUUCUUAAACAGGCAUUAGCUAUGGGAAUGAUGACCGAAUAUUACCAUUAUAUCUUUACUACACUGGACCUCUUUGCUCUUGAUGUGGAACCCUACCGAUACAGUGGUGUUAACAUGACAGGGUUCAGAAUCUUAAACACUGAAAACAGCCAAGUCUCGUCUAUUAUUGAAAAGUGGUCAAUGGAACGACUACAGGCACCUCCUAAGCCCGAUUCAGGUUUGCUGGAUGGAUUUAUGACGACUGAUGCAGCUCUAAUGUAUGAUGCUGUCCAUGUGGUGUCAGUUGCUGUCCAACAGUUCCCACAAAUGACUGUCAGUUCAUUACAAUGUAAUCGGCACAAGCCAUGGCGCUUUGGGACCCGCUUUAUGAGUCUAAUUAAAGAGGCCCACUGGGAAGGCCUCACAGGCAGAAUAACUUUCAACAAAACCAAUGGCUUAAGGACAGAUUUUGAUUUAGACGUGAUCAGCCUGAAGGAGGAAGGUCUUGAAAAGGCAGCACAAGAGAUUAAAAAGCAUCUUAGCAAAAUAUGGACUAAAAUUGGAACUUGGGAUCCAGCCAGCGGCCUGAACAUGACAGAAAGUCAAAAGGGAAAACCUGCCAACAUCACAGAUUCUUUAUCCAAUCGCUCUUUGAUUGUUACUACCAUUUUGGAAGAACCCUAUGUUAUGUUCAAGAAGUCUGAUAAGCCCCUAUAUGGAAAUGAUCGAUUCGAGGGAUAUUGCAUUGACCUCCUCAGGGAACUAGCUACAAUCCUUGGUUUUACCUAUGAGAUUAGACUUGUGGAGGAUGGAAAAUAUGGAGCCCAGGAUGAUGUCAAUGGACAGUGGAAUGGAAUGGUUCGAGAACUAAUUGAUCAUAAAGCUGACCUUGCAGUUGCCCCACUGGCUAUUACCUAUGUUCGAGAGAAGGUCAUCGACUUUUCCAAGCCCUUUAUGACUCUUGGAAUAAGUAUUUUGUACCGCAAACCCAAUGGUACAAACCCAGGCGUCUUCUCCUUCCUGAAUCCUCUCUCCCCUGAUAUCUGGAUGUAUAUUCUGCUGGCUUACUUGGGUGUCAGUUGUGUGCUCUUUGUCAUAGCCAGGUUUAGUCCCUAUGAAUGGUAUAACCCACACCCUUGCAACCCUGACUCAGACGUGGUGGAAAACAAUUUUACCUUGCUAAAUAGUUUCUGGUUUGGAGUUGGAGCUCUCAUGCAGCAAGGUUCUGAGCUCAUGCCCAAAGCGCUCUCCACCAGGAUAGUGGGAGGCAUUUGGUGGUUUUUCACACUUAUCAUCAUUUCUUCGUAUACUGCUAACUUAGCCGCCUUUCUGACAGUGGAACGCAUGGAAUCCCCCAUUGAUUCUGCUGAUGAUUUAGCUAAACAGACCAAGAUAGAGUAUGGAGCUGUGGAGGAUGGGGCUACUAUGACCUUUUUUAAGAAAUCAAAAAUCUCCACUUAUGACAAAAUGUGGGCCUUUAUGAGUAGCAGGAGGCAGUCAGUGCUUGUCAAAAGUAAUGAAGAAGGUAUCCAGCGUGUACUCACCUCUGAUUAUGCCUUCCUAAUGGAGUCAACAACCAUUGAGUUUGUCACACAGCGGAACUGUAACCUGACACAGAUUGGAGGCCUUAUAGACUCCAAAGGUUAUGGCGUUGGCACUCCCAUGGGUUCUCCAUAUCGAGAUAAGAUCACCAUAGCAAUUCUUCAACUCCAAGAAGAAGGCAAGCUUCAUAUGAUGAAAGAAAAAUGGUGGCGUGGUAAUGGCUGUCCAGAGGAAGAGAGUAAAGAAGCCAGUGCUCUGGGAGUUCAGAAUAUUGGUGGCAUCUUCAUUGUUUUAGCAGCCGGCUUGGUGCUUUCAGUCUUUGUGGCAGUUGGAGAGUUCCUGUACAAAUCCAAAAAAAAUGCUCAACUGGAAAAGAGGUCCUUCUGUAGUGCUAUGGUAGAAGAGCUGAGGAUGUCUCUGAAGUGUCAGCGCCGGUUAAAACACAAACCCCAGGCCCCUGUUAUUGUGAAAACAGAAGAAGUUAUCAACAUGCACACAUUUAACGACAGAAGGUUGCCAGGGAAAGAAACCAUGGCAUAAAGCUGGGAGACCCAAAUGCCCAAGCACAAACUGUCGUCUUUUUUUUUUCAAACAACUUUAGCGAGAAUGUUUCCUGUGGAAAUAUGCAACCUGUGCAAAAUAAAUGAGUUACCUCAUGCCGCUGUGUCUAUGAACUCAAGACUCUUGUGAUCUAAGCAGUUGCAAUGGUCAGACUCGAUUCACAAGCACCAUGGAUCAACUGUGUUCUGCGGGGUUACACUGUUUAUCAUGGGUUCCACCAUUCUUCUGAAUGAAUGUGAUUUAUGAGGUUUGUGGCUGGUUUCAAAUGCAGUCCAGUGAGAUUACAGGUUCCCUUGGACGUUCAACUGUGGCCACGAGAUGGAGUAUCUAUGCUCAGUGGGGCAGUCAUUCAAGGAAUCAUUAAACAAACAAAAGACUUGGAAUCAGCAAAAACUGUAGUGUAACAAGAAACAAUAUGUUCUUCUGAACUUCCAGAUAUAGAGGUGGUGAGGUUACUGGCCCCCAACUGCACAGUAUAAUAAUCAUCUGAAUAGACAAUAUGUGUUUAUUGGAUGUGAAAAAUAUUGUAACACAAAGCAAAUCUGAAUUUCAUAAAAAGAGGAAUAUAAAGUGGACUUGUGUCUGCUUUGUGGACUGUCUGUGUCACUGACUGAAAUAAAAAUGUCGGUAACCAAGGCAAUAAUGAUUUUCUUAAAUUCACCAAGCCAGGAAAUGUAAUGUGAGACACCCUUCCCCAGUAAAAUGAAAAACAAAUGAAAGCCA